UGUGGACCAUAAUGAAGAGUUCUGGGUUAAACCACAGCUGAUGAAGAAAUAUGCCUGUGAUCUCACACUGGACCCAAACACAGCACACAGAAACCUCUCUCUGUCUGAGGGGAACAGAAGGGUGGAGAGGGUUAAAGAGAAGCAGCCGUAUCCUGAUCACAUAGACAGAUUUGAGUUGAUUCACCAGGUCCUGUGUGGAGAGGGUCUGACUGGACGCUGUUACUGGGAGGUAGAGUGGAGUGGGUGGGCUGUGAUAGCAGUAACAUAUAAAGGCAACAGAAGAAAAGGAAGGAGUCUUGCCUGUGGGCUUGGAACCAAUGACAAGUCCUGGAGUCUGUACUGCACUCAGGAUCAUUACUAUGCCUUCCACAAUAAUGAAAAGACUCAUAUAUCUGCUCUGCCCUUCAUCAACUGUCCUAAACCCCAUAGAGACCUGUCCUCCUGCCUCAGAGUAGUAGUGUUUCUUGACUGGCCGGCCGGCACUCUGUCCUUCUACGAGGUCUACUCUGACACAAUGACCCAUGUGUACACAUUCCAGACCAUAUUCACUGAGCCCCUCUACCCAGGGUUUGGGGUUUGGAAUAAGGGCUCCUCAGUGUCCCUGAGCCAGGUAGAGUAA